AUGGCUACAUUACGCGCAGCCAUGAAGCCUGCAGUAGUCAUUGUACCUGGCAACUUCAGCCUCCCUCGCUUCUGGGGCGCUAUCCAGCAAUCAGUCCAGGACAAGGGAUAUCCCGUCGAAGUUGCCGGUCUCAAAUCUUCGCGGGAAGAAACUAUCAAUCCUGCACCUGGCUUAGCUGACGACGUGGAAGAAGCUUCAUCAGUUCUUAAGAAGCACAUCGAUAAAGGAAGCGACGUUGUGUUGCUUAUGCAUUCAUAUGGAGGAAUGGUUGGUACCGAGGCUACUCGUGGCCUGAGUCGCCUUGAGCGCGAGAAAGCUGGUCUGAAAGGUGGAAUAACUCGUCUUGUCUUUCUGGCUUCCAUCUUUGCGCCACCGGGCAAAAACACAAGGGGUUUGUAUGAGGCAAAUCCGGGUCGUUAUCCCCGUCGAGAGGGCGACUACCUCGUCUGUGAUGAAAACACAGCAAUGUGCUUUUACAGUGAACUCACGAAAGAGCAAGGACUUCCAUUAGCUCAAGCUGCUUCCCAAGUCUACCAGGCUGCGCGAGUGUUUGGUGACGAACAGACAUACGAUGGUUUCCACAAGCUUAUUCCUUCGAGUUGGAUACUCACUAAGAAGGAUUUGUUGGUUCCAGAGGCUGCGCAGAGGAUGUUUAUUGCUCGGCUUGAGGAACAGGGGGGUCGGAGUGUGCCUGUGUUUGAGCUCGAUACGGGUCAUUCACCCCACCAAACGAAUCCUUCACUAUUCAUGGAUACUCUAGAGGAAAUCCUUGCGUAA